AUGGGGGGAAGAAGCCACGAAGUGACAAUAACUGAACAAUUUGAAGGGAAAGUCGUCGUCGUAGGUGCCGGUUUGGUAGGUUGUCUUGCCGCUCUGGCAUUAGCCCAAAGAGGUUACGAUGUUACAGUGGCCGAAUAUCGUAAUGAUCCAAGAUUAGAGGCAACUACUAAUAGAAAUUUGAGGUCUAUCAACCUAGCUAUCUCGGCCAGAGGAAUUGAAGCAUUGAAAUAUGUGGAUGAAGAAUUAUGUGAAAGGGUUUUACAUGAUGUUGUUCCAAUGAAAGGUAGAAUGAUCCAUGAUAUUGAUGGUAACCAAAAAGAAUUAUUGUAUGGGAUUGCAGGCGAACAUAUUAACUCUAUUUCGAGGGCUAGUUUAAACUGUGAUUUACUUGACGAAUUAGAUGCUGUAUCGAAUAUCAAUGUAUGUUUUGGAUAUAAAUUGGCAAAAGUAGAAUGGGGUGAUACAAAACAAGUUUGCUAUUUUUCAGAUGAUAAAAACCCCAUUACUGUUGAUUUUAUCGUUGGUGCAGAUGGUUGUUUCUCCACUACGAGAUCUCAAAUGCAACGUAAUUUGAGAAUGAAUUAUAAACAAGAAUAUAUUGAUUGUUGUUAUAUUGAAUUGUAUUUACCACCAAAGAAAGAUGGUAGUUUCGCUAUGGCUAAUGAUGAUUUACAUAUUUGGCCUCGUGGGAAAUUCAUGUUGAUUGCACUUCCAAACGCUGAUGGUUCAUUUACUGUAACAUUUUUUGCACCAUGGUCCCAAGUGGAUUUCUUAGUGAAAUCAAAAAACGAGACAAAAAAUUUCUUACAGAAAUAUUUCCCUGAUGCAAUGGAUUUAAUGGGGUUAGACUCUACGGCUGAAGAAUUUAUUAAUAACCCAAAGGGACCAUUGAUGUGUGUCGAAUGUUUACCUUAUAAUAUGACGAACGGUUCAGGAAUCCUAAUUGGUGACGCUGCUCACUCCAUGGUUCCAUUCUACGGUCAAGGUAUGAACUGUGGGUUUGAAGAUGUCAAGAUUCUGAUGCAAUUGUUAGACAAGUAUCAUGGUGAUCGAUCUGUAGCUUUCAAUUCUUACACCGAGACAAGACAUCAGGAUCUCAUUACCAUCAACAAAUUAGCUAGAGAAAAUUACAAGGUGAUGUCGGAAAGUGUCACUUCCGUUUGGUUCAAUUUGUAUAAAGGUGUCGAUGAAACAUUCUCAAGAGUAUUAGGAAAUUCUUGGUUAACUUUGUAUACGAUGAUCUCUUUCAGAGCAGAUAUUUCAUACUCUGAUUCAGUCAGACGAGACAAUAGACAACAUAAAAUAAUUAAAUGGCUGUCUAUCUCGGGUCUAAUGGUUGCUACUGCCGUUGCCUUGCGUCGUAUAUCCCAAUGA